CCGUCGGUGUGCCUUGGAAGCUGUGGUUGCAAGUCUUGGCUUGUUCCCGUUGUCAGCUGUAUGUAAUUCUGAAGGUUAGCGCAAGCCGAGAACGGCGUUUUGUAACCUCUUGGGCUGCUGGCGUCUUGUUCCCCACACGGAUCCUACUUGACCGUCGGCAUCUUCGCUUUUGGUGGACGUGCCUCCUCUCUGGUUGUCUUCUUUUUACACAGGCGGGUGCCCUUCUCUUGGCAAUGCUGUCUUUCCCGUAAACUGCAUCUCUCCUUUCCAACCAUCCCUCAGUAUAUCCCCGUACCUAUCUGGCCUCCUCCAAGGCCUUGACCAUUCACCCAAUGCUUCCCUCUUAUAAUUCUGGCAAGACGUCGCCACGAACUUCACGGUUGAGAUGGCGAUGGGGAAUAAUCGCAGUUGCUGCCGUCCUCGUGGUUUACGUCGUCGCCGCCGGACAUCAACAUCCCAAAGUUCAAGAGUUCGUCUCGGGGGCUUCGUCAUACUUUGACUACUCGCAAUCACGUCCUGAGCUCACAGGGACGUCUGGGAAACCGGUGUCGAGCGACCCCCAGCUGUGGGCAUCUCGCGCAGACCAAGUGAAGGAGGCAUUCAAGCACGCGCUGGACGGAUAUCUUCGCUACGCUGAUCUGCAGGAUGAGCUUCAGCCGCUUACUGGUGGGAAGAUCAACAACUUCAACGGCUGGUCCACUACUUUGUUGGACAGCAUGAGCACGAUGUGGCUCAUGGACCUCAAGGACGAUUUUGAAGCGGCGCUGCCCGUUGUGGCGAAUCUAUCAUUUGCCACCACUGACAAAUAUGUUCCCUUUUUCGAGACUACGAUCCGCUGUCUUGGAGGGCUUCUUUCCGCAUACGCUCUUUCGGGGGAGCCUAUGCUCUUGGCGAGAGCGGAUGACUUGGGCCAGGCGCUUCUGCCCGUGUUUGACACGCCGUCCGGGCUGCCGAUGUACGGCGUGAACCCAUCGAGUGGUGCCACGAAGACAGGCUGGGCCUACAAUGCCCUCUGGUCGGAACUGACUAGCUGCCAGCUUGAAUACAAGUAUCUGGCCCACUUGACAGGCCGUACUGACUAUUUUGACAAGUCCAACUAUGUCAUGGAGCUCAUGCGUGACGAAGCCGCCAGCAAGGAUGGUCUGUAUGCGACGGGGUGGAGUAUAGAAAAGGGAACAUCAUCUAAUCAGAUAUACUCCGUGGGCGCUUUCGCUGAUAGUGGUUACGAGUACUUCCUCAAGCAGUACCUUCUGACUGGCAAGUCGGAGGAGAAAAUCAAAGACAUGUACCUCAAGUCGAUACGUACCAUCAUCAAUGAGCUUUUCUACCUUUCACCCACUCGGAAUCUCCUUUACGUCACCGAUGUUUCGCAGAAGGAAAAGCCUUCGUACAAGCUAGAGCACCUCUCGUGCUUCCUCGCCGGCCUUCUUGCUCUCGGCGCGCACACUCUUGACCUUCCCGAUUCCGAUGCCCAAAUGCAUAGAUGGGCUGCUCAGGGCCUGGCUCACACUUGCUACAUUACGUACGCGGACUCGGUUACAGGCCUGGGUCCCGACGAGGUGCAGUUCAACUUGCCCCAGCCGGAGAAUGGGAAUAUCUUGGAGAUAACUUCUGGGAGGUGGGUAGAGGCUGUCGAUAAGUGGAUGAAAGAGGGUAGCCCUGGCGGAGUACCACCCGGGUUGGUGAUGGCGAAACCUGUCAAGGAUGGUGAAAAGGACUACGCGCCGAGAAGCAGACGAUAUCAUCUCCGUCCCGAGACGGUUGAAAGUUUUUACAUCCUCUGGCGGACGACCGGUGACGAGUCCUGGCGAGAGAAAGGAUGGGAACUAUUCCAGGCAAUCAACAAGCAUGCUCGCACCGAGUAUGGGUUUGCGAGUGUCAACGAUGUCACUGACAAGACGGCACCGAAACUCAAUGAGAUGCCAAGUUACUUCCUCGCUGAAACCUUGAAAUACCUUUAUCUGCUGUUUACAGACGAAGAGAUAAUUCCUCUCGAUGAGUGGGUGUUUAACACCGAGGCACAUCCUCUCCCUGUGUUUAAGUGGCAUGGAUGGGAGAAGACUGCAUACAGUAUCCCGUAGAACUGUCUAUAGCUACUCGUUCAUUCCUUUUGUUCAUUCACUGGGAUGGUGGACAUGUUCUCUUUUUCUUCUUCUUGGGCACAUUGGGGCUUGUACUAAUGGUUAUACGCGUAAUGGAAUAAAGAUUGUC